AUGUUACCCAUUAGUAAAUACUACAGUUCCAGAUGGACGUUUAUCCGAGGCAAGCCUAUUAGAUUUGGCUAUAAGUUGUGGUCUCUUUGUGGAGCAAGUGGCUACUGUUUCAAAUUUUAUUUAUACUGUGGAAAGGAUCCAGAAGAUACUGCUAGGGAUGACCAACUAUUGGGAUCAAGAUUCUUCACUAGUAGAGAUCUUAUAAUUCUUCUGAGAAUUUUGGGUUUUCGAACAACUGGGACUGUCAGAGAGAAUCGAGUAGGUGACUGUCCACUACUGAGCAGCAGUGAACUGAAAAAGACAGUUCGAGGAAACUAUGACUACCACUUCGACAGGAAUGGUGAAGUCUUAUUUGUUCGAUGGCACGACAACACAUGCGUUCAAUUGAUACAAAUUUUUACUGAGUUCAACUUUAGGGAGCAGCUACGUGGUACAGUAGACAAGCAAGUAAGAAGACACAAGUGA